GUCUACGUGGUGAAGUUUGGAACCACUAACCUGGUUGUACACUUAUCACCAUGGUUGGGACCCGUAGUGGAUUAGAGACUAGCCCCUAUAGUAAGGAGCAACAAGAAAAGAUGGUCGCCUUAGUCCAAGAGAACAAGGAGAGAAAAGAGCGUGAGAAGCAAGCGAAGCUAAAGGCUAUCGCAGACGAGCAGGCGACAAAGAUGAAGAGAUUGGAGGAGGAGAUGAAGAGAGUACAACAAGAGGAGGAAGAAAGAAGAAAAGCUGCUGAAGCAGAAGCGGCAACAGAAGAAGAGAAAGAGAGAAUGAGGAUUGAGAGUGGAGAAGGAAGCAGUGGUGGCACGAUGAAGAGGGAGACAAAUAUUGAAAUGGAGAAGAAGAUCAGCGAGUGGGUCACUAAUUUAUCGUUGGGUGAAGAGGAAGAGGCGGAGUCCUACGUGACUGAGGAUGAGAGGGCUGCGCUAGCCAGUGAGCUAGCAUCAAUGACAGAUCCGAUGGAAAGGCGAGAAAGGGAGGAGGAGCAGAAACUGGCAUGGAAGUUGAGGAUGAAGCGAGAGAAGAAGAGGAGGAGAGAGGAAGUGAGUAAAAUGACUGCAGAGGCAGCGAAGGUGCAAGCGUGCAGGCAAGAGGUGUUGGCCGAGCCAGAUGAUAAGGCCAAGUGGGACAAGGUACUGGGCUACCUAGAGGUGUUGAGCAAGGCCUGGAUGGAGGAGCGCCUGGCAAGUUGGAGCCAGGAUGUAGCGUUGAGUGCCAUGCGGUCCGGUUUCAGGGAUUUUGCGCGCAAGAUUGUCACCCAUAUUGGGGGCGAAGUCAAGCAAUUGAGAGACAAUGUAGGGAAGUUCUGUGAGGGCGCCAUUCAGGGUGCCAAAGCUGUAGCUGCUGUAGAGGGAGAGGCCAGACCCCCCGGUUGUGAAAACAACCUGGUUGCAUAUUCCAAAGUCACCCCUCUUUCCCAAUUCCUCAAGCUCCUCAAGGAGCGUUUCGCCGACCCAACGCGAGGCAUUAGAGCCUCUGAUAAGCUGCAAACGAUCCACUCACGGCAGUGGAGGAGUGCCAGGGCACUCAAGGGUACCAUGGACGACUUAGUGGCCGUCCCGGACCAUGGGGUUACUGAGACCCAGUUGGUCCAAUUGUUUUAUCGUGCCAUACCAGAGGCCCUGCGUGGGCAUUUCUUUGACAGGUCGUUGAGUAGGGAAGUCGUCCUGUAUGAGUCGAAGUCCAUGCCAGUUACCAUCUUCUGGCACAAGGACCUGGAGAAGGGGAAAGGGUGGAAAGGACGUACCAUCUCUGGCCAAGUCAAGGCCAAGGAUCAUAUGAUCCUUACCUUAGAGGAAGGUGGUACUGAUGAGGUCCCAUACAGUCAGAUAGAGUGGGGCCUCAAGGAUGAUGGCAGUAGUGUGGGGCAAGGGAGGUCCUAUGCUGCUGUCGCGGCUGGAGGGAAGCUGCAAGGUAGAGGAGGAGGCCAGGGCCAAAGGGGCCAGGCCAUGGGAGGCCGUGGGCCGGGCGCACAGGGGGUUGGCGGACAGGGAAACCGCCAAGCGGGAGUAUAUUUAGAUGAUAUUUUUGUUUUUAGUAAGACCCUCCAGGAGCAUCAGGGUCAUCUGAGGCAGGUCUUGGAGAAGCUUAGAGAGGCUAACUUCAAGAUCAACGCGAAGAAGUGCGAGUGGGCCAAGACGCAAGUCUUGUACUUGAGCCACGUAUUAAACGGAGAUGGCAUCAAGCCAGAGGACAGUAAGAUCGAGGCGAUUAGAGACUGGCCGACGCCCCGCACAUUAACUGAAUUGCGGUCGUUCCUAGGCUUAGCUAACUACUAUAGGAAGUUCGUGAGAAACUUCUCCACUAUCGCCGCUCCCUUGCGCCGAUUGCUGAAGAAAGAGGCAAUCUGGCAAUGGGACAAAGACUGUACGUCUGCGCUCAAGAAGCUAAAGCGCGCGUUAAUAGAGUAUCCUGUCCUCAAAGUUGCAGAUCCGUCUUUGCCAUUUGUCGUCACCACGGACGCGAGUCAGUAUGGGAUAGGCGCCGUGUUGCAGCAAGAUGACGACAAUGGCUAUAGACCCGUAGAGUUCAUAUCAGCGAGGAUGCCCUGUGAAAGGGUCGCUACCUCCACGUACGAGAGAGAACUCUACGCUCUCAGGCUGGAAGCACUACCUGCUUGGGAGGCACUUCAAAGUGUAUUCGGACCACGAAACGCUUAGAUGGUUAAAGACUCAGGCCAAGAUGACACCUAAGUUGACUAGGUGGGCCGCAGAGAUAGACCAAUUCGACUUUGAGCUCAAGCCAG